AUGUCCGACAAGCUGCCGUACAAAGUUGCUGACAUCAGCCUUGCAGAAUGGGGUCGCAAGGCCCUUGAAAUUGCUGAGAAUGAGAUGCCAGGGUUGAUGAAGAUGCGGGAGAUGUACUCUGCAGCAAAGCCACUGAAAGGUGCUCGGAUCGCUGGUUGCCUACACAUGACUGUUCAGACUGCAAUUCUGAUUGAAACUCUGGUGGCGCUGGGUGCAGAGGUGCAGUGGUCCAGCUGCAAUAUUUUCUCCACCCAGGAUCAUGCUGCUGCAGCUAUUGCCAAAACUGGAGUUCCUGUGUUUGCUUGGAAGGGGGAAACAGAUGAGGAAUAUAUAUGGUGCAUUGAGCAGACCCUCUAUUUUAAGGAUGGGCAGCCCUUGAACAUGAUUCUUGACGAUGGUGGAGACCUCACCAACUUGGUCCACACAAAAUAUCCACAGCUCUUGAAAGGAAUCAAAGGAAUAUCUGAGGAAACCACCACUGGGGUCCACAAUCUCUAUAAAAUGCAUGCCAAAGGGGCCCUGAAGGUGCCAGCUAUCAAUGUUAAUGACUCUGUCACCAAGAGUAAAUUUGACAACCUCUAUGGCUGCCGGGAAUCCCUCAUCGAUGGCAUUAAGCGUGCCACAGAUGUCAUGAUUGCAGGGAAAGUGGCUGUUGUGGCAGGCUAUGGUGAUGUUGGCAAAGGUUGUGCACAAGCCCUGAGAAACUUUGGUGCCAGGGUCAUCAUCACAGAAAUUGAUCCAAUCAAUGCACUGCAGGCAGCCAUGGAAGGUUAUGAAGUUACAACAAUGGAAGAAGCUUGCAAAGAGGGCAACAUAUUUGUUACCACCACUGGAUGCUCAGAGAUUGUGCAUGGGAGGCAUUUUGAGCACAUGAAAGAUGAUUCCAUCAUAUGCAACAUUGGACACUUUGAUGUGGAAAUUGACGUGAAGUGGCUAAAUGAGAACACCGUGAAGACUGUGAACAUUAAACCCCAGGUGGACCGCUACACGCUAAAAAAUGGCCGCCACAUCAUACUUCUAGCAGAAGGCAGGCUGGUGAACUUGGGGUGUGCCAUGGGCCACCCUAGCUUCGUUAUGAGCAACUCCUUCACCAACCAGGUUCUGGCACAGAUAGAGCUCUGGACACAUCCUGACAAGUACGCAGUAGGAGUCCAUAUUCUCCCGAAGAAGCUGGAUGAAGCUGUGGCUGCUGCUCACCUGGAUAAACUUGGCGUGAAGCUAACAAAGCUGACCGAUAAGCAGGCGAAGUACCUGGGAAUACCCAAAGACGGCCCCUUCAAACCAGAUCAUUACAGAUACUGAGCAGCUAGCAGGGCCCCAAAGAUCAAGACACAGGGACAUAAAUCUUUCAAAGUGCUUGCUUCCCUGCUGGGAUUCAGCGGACGGCUCCACCCCAGUCACUUUUUAUAUAUGAAUUUAAUAGCGGUUCUACAUCGUCACAUUUUGCUCUCCCCACUCACAUCUCAGCCCAUAUUUCUUUUUUAGUGAGAAGUCCCCGUGGCUUUCCCCAAGCACUUUCUUUCUCAAACAACUGUGCAGCUGGCUCCUCAGCAGAGCGGUUGCCAUGCUGGAAGGUCUACGAGGAGCCUGCAAAUUCACUUAUCUUCAGGUCUGUGUUUCCAGGGGCGGCUCCUUUGCAUCUUCAGGUACCUGGAGUGAUCCUUCCCUUGCCGUUGUAAAGCACAGGCUACACUGCACAGCAGACUUUUUACCUAGCUGCUGCUACAUCAUGCCUAGAUAACUGGAACUUGGCUGGGGUUGACCUGAAACAAAAAUGCAGGAUUUGCUUGCAUCUGCUCACUGGAUCUCUCGGAUCACAGAUGCUGGUCCAGAUACAGCUUUUGGGCAAUGUAACAUGAUCCCACUGUGCAUAUAUAGUCUCCGUAGUAAGAAAGGACUUGAAUGUGUCCAGGGAGGCAACAUCUAGAAGCAAUUUCUUUUGUGUGUAACAAAAUUAUAAGCCUGGAGCCAGGGGUUGGAGCAGCCAGUUCUCCAAAGAUGCCAGUGGUGAAUGUCUACUUGGGCCUAAUUUUUGAAUCUUGUGCCUGUCAUAGUGUCUUAAAACAAGUUUUCUUAAUAAAAUCUGCAACGGUUGCCUUGUUUUUCUUUA